CUCAAUGCAAACACACCGACUCCGCUUCCUAGAACGAAGGCUGAAGAGAAAACCCCCCCACAAAGUGCAGAGCUCUUGAACAAAUCCUCCACCAGCGCUCCAAAGACGAGGCAGAGGAAAAAGAAGGUGAGGAAAGGGCAGUGUGCCGGCAUGGCUCGAGUCAUCCCUCAGCCCAGCCGCUCUGCUGGGUUGCCCCAUGCAAGGUCCCUCUCCAUACCAAUAAUUUUGCCCCUAAGCUCAGAGCUGAGAAACCCCAGUCCAGAGCCAAUGGAGACCGCUCGCCAAGACUCUGCCUCGCCACUCAGUCACCUCGAUGUCAGCUCCACUGGCAGCAUGGAGGCCGUCAGCAGCUCCCAAGAAGAAGAGAGGCCAAUAUCUCCUUUCUACAUGAGUAACCACCUCUCCCCUGUCCACUGCAGACCAGAUGUGGUAAAUAUUCUGGACAGGACGAUUCGUUCAGCAGUGGAGCAGCACCUCUUCGAUGUAAACGCUGUAGGGGAUCAAAGUUCAGAGAGCUGUGAGUUAACCCCGUGUCCAUUAUCUCCAAGGGAGACACCAACUGCCCGUCAGAGACGUCGACACCAGAGAGAGCAGCAGGAAGAGGGGCUGAGACACAAAGAAAGAAACAGAGCGGCGUCCGUCCGAGCAGACACCAACAAGGAGAACAUCCCGUCGAGCGGUGGGAGCAGUUCGGGCAGCGUCGGCGAGGACACGGGCAGCAGCGUGGACUCACAGGGAGACCAGAGUGGUCACACUGAGGGAACCCCAAAAUCCAGGAAGUCGAAACAGAGCCCGACACUGGUGCAGCUCGCCGACAACCAGGACGCCCACGCAUUCAAGGAAUGUGUUGGUGAGAGACCCGGAGCGAGCUACAUGGAGACAUUUCAGAAAGGCAAUGACAUUUCAAGAAAAGAUGGCCUUCUUUCUCCUCCACAGUCAUUAAGGAUGAAGAUCCAGGAGUCACCCGUCACUUGUGACACGGGGAGGGUCGGCGGAGGAGAGGUGCGAGUCUCAGACCCGGACUGCGAGAACUGUGAGGACGUACCCCGGCUGGACCUGACAGCACUUACUGAAGAAAACUACUGGGGAGAACCGGUCCCAGCGUACUCGUCACUGCAGAGGGAGAGCAUGGACCGCGAGGAAGCUCGACUGUCCCCUCACGCCGGGGGACGUCUGAUCCGCCAGCUGCUGGAGGAGGACAGCGACCCGAUGCUGUCCCCUCGCUUCUACGCCUACGGACAGUGCCAGCAGUACCUGGACGACACUGAAGUGCCUCCCUCGCCACCAAACUCACACUCAUUCGCCAGUCGCAGGCGGAGUUCGUCUCUUGGAUCCUGCGACGAUGACAAAGAUGAGUUGACGUCCGCCCAGCUCACAAAAAGGAUCCAUGUACUGAGGAAGAAGAUCCACAGGUAUGAGGAGAGGUUCGAAGAGGACCGGAAAUACAGGCCCUCCCACAGUGAUAAAGCUGAAAACCCAGAGGUGCUGAAAUGGGUUAAUGAACUGGCUAAGCUUCGUAAAGAGCUAAAAGAAAACAAGCUGACGAAGCCUGAAGAGGACCUGCCGCCUCUGACCCGCCAGCGCAGCAACACGCUGCCCAAAAGCUUCGGCUCUCAGCUGGAGAAGAAACCCCAGCAGGAGAAGGUGCCGAAGCCUCCGGUGGAAAGCAGCCUGGAGACGAUUCUGAAGAAGCUGCAGGAGAAGAGGGAGGAGGUGAACCGCCCGGAGGACAUAAAGGAUAUGACACGGGAGCAGAUCGGAGCGGAGAAAGUGGCCCUGCAGAAAGCUCUCCUCUACUACGAGAGCAUACACGGUCGACCGGUCACCAAGAGCGAGAGGCAAAUCAUGAAGCCGCUGUACGACAGAUAUCGCCUGGUGAAGCAGAUCCUGUGCAGAGCCUCCUCCAUCCCUGUCAUUGGCUCUCCCUCCAGCAAGCGCAGAGGUCCCCUCCUUCAGCCCAUUAUCGAGGGCGAAACCGCACUCUUCUUCGAUGAUAUCAAGGAAGAGGAGGAUGGCUCGGAGGAUGACGGGGACUCAAAGACGCAGUUCACGGUGACCGUGCAGACCGACCUCGGCGUGCUCGGCUUCCUGGAACACAUGGAGGAGGAAGCGGACGGAUUCAUUUCACCUGUGGACGAUCUUUCCCCCUCGAAGAACACGACAGACAUGAGGCUUUCCAACCUGCACUCCGCCACCACAGAGGAACUCGUGGAGCAGCUCCAAGAGACCCGAGAGGAGAAGAAGAGGCUCCGAAAGGACCUGAAAGAGUUUGAGGACCAGUUCUUUAGACAAAACGGAAGAAUCGUGCAGAAGGAGGACCGCUCCCCACUGGCAGUCGAGUACAACGAGUACAAGCACGUUAAAGCCAAACUGCGGCUGCUGGAAGUCCUCAUCAGCAAAAGAGACUCGACUAAGUUCAUCUGAGAGAGAAAAUAAAAGACUCUAAAAGGACUUCAGAAGAUACAGUCUCAAACACAUUUCACCCUGUUGGAGAAAAUAUCAGAUUUUCCUUGUCGCUGCCAUCUGUGCCGCUCAUGUUUCUGCUCACCUGUUAUUCCGUUCCGUCGAGCUCUGGAGCCCGCAGAGAACCACUGACUCUCGACUGAUUCAAAGUGACACAAAGUCCCCUGCUUCACCUGAGAAGUUCCCUUCCAGCAAAAAAACAUCACCUUUUUAUAAGAGCAAGGACGUUUCUCCAAACACACAAAUAAGCUGAAUCGCAACUUUAUUGCUAGUAAUUUAUUUCUAUCCUUUUGAGUGUUUUUAUCGGAAAAGUCAUUUUUCUCACAUUUUACUGUAGAAGUCUUAAAUGAAAAACUUUGUAAGUAAAAUAAUAGAUAUGAAAUUAUUGCUAUUUUUAAAAAGAAGGAUUUUUGCGAUCAAGAUGUAUGUGUAUUUUUGUAAGGGAGACGUUACUAUUUGUAUAACUUAAAUCAGCUUGAGUAUUCACCGAAUGAAUAACUUUCUCUAUUUCAGUCCCGACCAUCGUAUAAUAUCUGAAAUAAUCUAAUGUUGCUUCUCUUGAAGUUAAAUCGAGUAUUUGCUUACUAAAAUAAGUGUUUUUAAUUUUAAAACAACCCAAAGACAGUGACUCAGAUUACAAACCAAAACAGCUCAUAUUCAAUAAAACAUGUUAUUUUUGUGAUCACUGGUACUUAAGCAUUUUGACUGCAUAUUUUAUUCAUUGACAUGAUUUUCUUCUGCCACUUACUUCCUGUCAAAUAAGCUAUUUCGCUUCUUGAAAUCACUGGUAUGUUUUUGCUCACAUUGAUAAACAUUAACAAACGUUUGUGAGACUACUCUGGAGGACAGAAACGGCAGCGGUCUGUGUUUCCUUCUCGUCCACUCCGGAGCUCGUAUUUCUGUAAAUAUAGAUCACUUGUGUAUGUUUACAUUUCUGUGAGCAAGUACAUUUUUCCUUUCUUUCUCCAAAAUGGAUGAUUUAUCAGUGUGAAUUUAGUUUUUACUGAAUGUAAACACUGUCAAGGCUUAAUGAAUUUUGAGUGUGUACAUUUUUAGUACAUAAAUUGUAUUUGUAUUUUGUAUAUAAUAUGAAUGAAAUCGUAUUUUUACUGAG